AGUCUCACUUUGUAAUAAUCAUCUACUACUUCAACAUCAAAAUCCGCCACCACCAGAACCACCACUCUUUCUUAAAUAUAUACACGUCUCUUUUAUGGUUCCCCUUUAAUCAUUUUCUUUUCUUUUCUCUUUGUCUUAUCGUAAUCUAAAGCCAAUCGAUUCGCUUUGUCUUUCUUUCUGUCCUUCCUCUGUUUUUCUUCUUCUAACUGGUAAAACCAAGUAUGAAUCCUUAUUAUAUAGUAAAGGAGGAGUACCCAGGAUCAAGUUCAUCACAAUCAGGCGGUGAUGAACAUCAUCGACCGGGAGUGAUGCCUCCGCCGCAGCCAAUGGAGGGUCUGCACGACACAGGGCCACCGCCAUUUCUGAGCAAAACUUAUGAAAUGGUUCAUGAUUUAAAUACUGAUCAUAUUGUUUCUUGGAGCAGAGGCGGCGGAAGCUUUGUUGUUUGGGACCCUCAUGUCUUCUCCACUGCUCUACUUCCUCGAUACUUCAAACACAAUAACUUCUCCAGCUUUGUCCGGCAGCUUAACACUUAUGGAUUCCGAAAGAUUGAUCCAGACAGGUGGGAAUUUGCGAAUGAAGGGUUUCUUAGAGGACAGAAGCAACUAUUGAGGAGCAUCAAGAGGAGGAAAGUGCCUUUUCAGCCGCUUCCACCGCCGCAAGCGAUUGGUCCUUGUGUUGAAUUGGGUCGGUUUGGACUAGAUGGGGAGAUUGAUCGAUUGGUUCGUGACAAGCAGGUUUUAAUGAUGGAAUUAGUGAAACUUAGACACCAGCAGCAGAAUACAAAAGCCUAUCUUCAAGCCAUGGAAAAAAGGCUACAAGGCACAGAAAAGAAGCAGCAACAAAUGAUGUCUUUCUUGGCGAGAGCAAUGCAAAACCCCGCUUUUCUGCAACAGUUAGUACAGCAAAAAGAGAAAAGGAAGGAGCUUGAGGAGGCCAUGACUAGGAAAAGAAGAAGGCCAAUUGAUCAAGGGCCAAGUGGAACUGGCAGUAGUAGUAAUGAAGAGACAAAUCCCAUCAAGGCUGAGCCCUUGGAAUUUACAGAAUAUGGAUUUCAAGUAUCUGAGCUGGAAGCACUCGCAUUGGAAAUGCAAGGAUAUGGGAGAACAAGAAGAGAGCAAGAUAAUGGAACUGCAGAUAUAAAGGCACCAGAGAGUUGUGAUAGAGAACUUGAUGAUGGGUUUUGGGAAGAGUUAUUGAAUGAGAGGUUUGAACGAGAAUUAGAUAUAACAAAUACUGUAGCAGGCGAUGAUGAAGAUGUGAAUGUAUUGGCUGAUCGUUUUGGUUAUUUGGGUUCAAGCCCCAAGUAAAAAUCAUGGGCAAUUUUUACAUCCUACAAGAUGACAUUUUCUUCUUGGUAGGAGGCUUAUGCAAAUCUAGCCGUCAGUAUGUGUAUGCAAUUGUGGUAUUUGGGUUUCUUGAAAUGCCAUUAGGCAAUAAAUUUCGCCUGGAUUUCUAGCUAUAUUGACAGGACAGAAGAAUUCAAUAGCCAAGCAGUGUACCAGCGGAAAAAUAUUUUUGUUUCUGCUGUUUCUAACCCUGUAUUCUAUUUCCUUUUGUUUAAAAUUUUCAACUUUGUACAUCUUUUUCUCUUAAAAUUUCUCUUAUCUUGGUUAGGUUGAGGGCAGUGCUUGGAAGAGUCUCUAUCAUGAUUUGUUUCUGAAGUGUAGAUUGUCCUGAAGCUGUUGAAAUGGACAACAUCAUGUUGCUGCAAAUUCCUGGAACCACCAUUACUUGUUGCUAUUGGACUCAAGAAUCACUUGAUCUUUAUUUCUAGGAUGGCAACUAAAUUUCUCAACUCUUAUUGGUCAUUUUGAUCUCAAUAAGUGCUUCCAAAUGGUAAUUUUUUUUUUUUUUCAUAUUUUCCUCAAAGAAAUUAGCUUGGGAUUGUAUGAUGUGGUAUUAUAUAAUAUUAUUGGUUACUGCCUGAGCUUCAAGAAGCCUCUUUAAAAAGAAAUAGACAAAGAUGCAGCUGUAAGUUUCUAGAACCACAAAUAGUUGAAGCUACUAUACAAAAUCUAUUCAGUUGGCGGUUAGCUUUGAGGAUUCGAUAUCUCAAUUUCUUUUUCUCUCCUUUAAGUUUGUCGUUUUUACCUGUGUGAAAAAAAAUGAUAAAAUGUGUACUAUUGGUGGUAAUAAUCAUAAUGUCGUAUUUUGUAA